ACAAUGGCAAUAAACUGCAUAACAAGCAUACACUCCAUGCCUCAACCACUAAACCAAGAAAGCAAAGAACAAGAACCACCAUUGGUUUUUGAUGCCUCAGUUCUUAGAGACCAACUUCAUCUACCUAAACAAUUCAUUUGGCCUGAUGAAGAGAAAGCCUGCUUUGAUGUACCUGAACUGGUAGUCCCAUUCAUUGACUUGGGAGGGUUCCUCUCAGGUGACCCAGUUGCAUCAAUGGAAGCCUCAAGGCUUGUUGGUGAGGCAUGCCAAAAGCAUGGUUUCUUUCUGGUUGUCAAUCAUGGAAUUGACAAACAGUUAAUCUCUGAUGCUCAUCUUUACAUGAAUGACUUCUUUGAGCUUCCCCUGUCUCAGAAACAGAGAGCUCAGAGGAGAGUAGGGGAACACUGUGGUUAUGCUAGUAGCUUCACUGGUAGGUUCUCUUCCAAGCUUCCUUGGAAAGAGACACUUUCCUUUCAAUUCUCAGCUGACACAAACUCAUCUAAUCUUGUCAAAGACUACUUAUGCAAUACAAUGGGCAAAGAGUUUGACCAAUUUGGGAAGGUUUAUCAGGACUACUGUGAAGCCAUGAGCACUCUUUCUUUAGGCAUAAUGGAGCUUCUAGGAAUGAGCCUUGGAGUUGGUAAAGCCUAUUUUAAGGAGUUCUUUGAAGAGAACAGUUCAAUAAUGAGGCUUAAUUACUAUCCACCUUGUCAAAAACCUGACCUCACUUUAGGCACUGGACCUCAUUGUGAUCCAACAUCUUUAACCAUUCUUCACCAAGACCAAGUGGGUGGCCUUCAAGUUUAUGUUGACAAUCAAUGGCAUUCCGUUAGCCCAGAUUUCAAUGCUUUUGUUGUCAAUAUUGGUGAUACCUUCAUGGCUCUUUCGAAUGGGAGAUACAAGAGCUGCUUGCAUAGGGCAGUGGUGAACAGCCAGACAACAAGAAAAUCUCUUGCUUUCUUUUUGUGUCCAAGAAAUGAUAAAGUGGUAAGUGCACCUUGUCAAUUAGUGGACAAUUUCAGUCCAAGGCUAUACCCAGAUUUUACAUGGCCUAUGCUGCUUGAGUUUACUCAGAAGCACUACAGAGCUGACAUGAAGACACUUGAGGCAUUUGCCAAUUGGCUUCAGCGGAAAAGGAACUAA